AUGAUUAUCAUUCUACUGGUAGUAGCAACACAAGCUAUAGCCAUCGUGACAAGGCGCGUGCAAAGCUUGAGCUUUCCGGUGCUGACAGGCCCCAGCUGGGAGGAGAGCACAAAUGCAUCCAGCUUCCGGGACGUUCAGGAGUUGCAGGUUGAGGAGGACUCGGGGGCCGAGGAAGUCGCAGUCCAGGCAGAGUGCUCGGCUGCCGAGGCAGAGGAGUCACAGCCCAGCAAGUUCGACUUGCUGGAUGCAGAGCUUUCGGCAGAGGAGGCCUUCAGUUCACUGCCUCGGCAGCCCCAAUCCCGGCCUGGUUUACCUAAGUCUCCAGAGCAGCCAGGUCUGCGCCCCGAUGCUGUACAGCUUGGCAUCUCCCAGCAGGUCCUGGAUCCCUUUGCGCGUCGCCGUGCGAAGUCACAAAAGCAGCCCUUCCAGCGACCGGGCGACCCGGAAUUUCUUGAGUGCAGGGCAAGGACCUUAACAUCUCAUACUCGCCAUGCCGUUCUGCGGACUUUCCCACGGGGCCAGGUGAAGAAGGAUGCAUGCCCCAUUGAUUUGCCGGACGAGAUGCCAGCACUAGAAGCCAAGAAAACUCGCUUCCAGAGGCCCAGCGUGUGCCGAGUUGAUGAGUUAGUUUUUAUUUACCAGAUGCAGAUCCUGUCGACAGGUGACCGCGUGAGCUGCAUCGAGAUGACCAUGGACGGCUGGCUGAAGAUCGCCGAUGACCGUGGAUGGAUGAUCUCGGACAUGCAGGGCCUGCACGGCAUCGGGGAGGUUCUGAGUCCAAAGCGCGGCGAGGAUGUGAAGCUUGCGGUUGAGGAGCCUCACCCUCAAGGUGUCUGCUGCCUGGAAAUUGUUUACGCACAGGUGGCAGUCCGCGCCUCACCGAGCCGAGAUGCAGUGGCUUUGUACUACAGGCGCAAAGGCGAGCUGGUGUUUGCUCGCUCGCAGAACUUUGGCGGCUGGCUGCGCUUAGCCGGCGUGAGCCUCAGCGAAGAGGGCUGGAUGUUGGCCCACGCGCCCGAGCAUGGAACUUUGCUUCGAGUGCGAGAGGCGCUGACUAAGAGGGCCUCGGCGAUGAUGGUGGCAACUGUGGUUUUGAUGGUGGUGAUCAUGACGAUGCUGAUGGCGAUGAUGGUCACCGCCAAUGCAGACCUUUGGUCCCUGUCCGAUCUUUGGGCGGCCGUCAGAAUGCUGAGCCCAACAGAUGUGCGGUCGCUCAAGGACGCCGAAGAAGGGACACUUCUCAUGGCAGACAUGGACUAUGAGCACCAUGUCAAGACUGGCAACGCGGAAUGCCUUGUAGAGGAUGGGCUUCUGCUGAAGGCCGCUAUGAAGGCUCUGCUGAGUGUACAACACAUGUCGGAGGAAGACCUCAAGAAGCCAGACGACUGGAUCCGCCAACGGCUGUUUGCUGCGAGCUCAGCUUACUCCUUGCUCCGUAUGGCCAAAGAGGAGCCUCCCCUCAAC